AAGUUCUUUCCGUGAAAUUUUUUCAUCCAUUCCAUUUCCCAUUACGCAUACGCUGUUCUUAAUUUUAUUUUAUUGUUUGUGCCGAUGUCGUCAACGAUUCAUACGUAUUCGUGUUAUCGAGAAAAUUUCAGUGCUUUCUUUGUCUUACUAGACUGAUUUCAGUAUUGCAGCGUAUUGCGACUAAUUAAGUGAAAUAUACAUUUGAUCAGGGCCUUUGUGUCCGAUGUCUGGAGUUGAAUCAGCAGUAAAUUUCGUUGAUCCUCCAGCAGCCAAGAAGCGGAAAAUCGCGAGUGAUUUACCACCGGAAACGUCCGUUUCACAGGCAGCGAAAAUGGCGCAAAACGGUUCGGAGUUGCAAGAUAUUGACGAAGGUUUGUAUUCCAGACAAUUAUACGUUUUAGGCCACGACGCUAUGCGAAAAAUGGCAAGCAGCGACGUUCUGAUUUCGGGUCUCGGAGGACUUGGAGUAGAAAUCGCCAAAAAUGUAAUCCUGGGCGGAGUAAAAUCAGUCACUCUGCACGAUCAAGCAGAAUGUUCUUUGAACGAUCUAUCAUCCCAGUUCUACUUAUCUGAUGAUGACAUCGGUAAAAAUCGUGCGGAGGCAUGUUUCGAAAAGCUGGCAGACUUGAACUCGUACGUCAUGUGUAGAGUGUACACCGGUGUUUUAGAUGAAGAAAUUAUCAAACAGUACAGAGUCAUCGUAUUGACGAACAGUUCGUUAGAUGAACAAUUGAGAAUAUCUAAAAUAACGCACGCAAACGAUAUUGCCUUGGUCGUGGCUGAUACGCGAGGUGUAUUCGCUCAAGUGUUUUGCGAUUUCGGCGAUAAGUUCGUAGUUACCGACACGAAUGGAGAAAAUCCGAUUUCUGCGAUGAUCGCCGGAAUUACUAAAGAUGUCGAUGGCGUUGUUACUUGUCUCGAUGAAACUAGGCAUGGUUUAGAAAGUGAUGACUACGUAACGUUUUCGGAAGUACUAGGCAUGACAGAGCUGAACGGCUGCGAGCCUAGAAAAAUUCGUGUUUUGGGUCCAUAUACGUUUAGCAUAGGAGAUACGUCGUCGUAUUCGGAUUACAUUCGUGGUGGUGUAGUCACACAAGUUAAAAUGCCUAAAACUGUAUCAUUCGCGCCGCUUGAAAAAGCGCUCGAUCAACCGGAAUUUUUAAUGUCUGAUUUUGGUAAAUUUGAUCACCCGGAGCAACUUCACUUGGCUUUCCAAACAUUACACGAAUUCGUGAAGAAACACAAUAAAGUUCCAACUCCGUGGAGUACAGCUGACGCAGAAACUUUCGUCGCUUUGGCCGAGUCUAUCAAUGGCGCUAAAGAAAAUAAAAUCGAAAUCAAGAAAGAAUUACUUUUAACUUUCGCCAAAGUUAGCGCUGGUAAUUUGUCACCAAUGAAUGCAGCGAUCGGGGGAGUUGUUGCUCAAGAAGUCAUGAAAGCAUGUAGUGGCAAAUUCCAUCCGAUAUUCCAGUGGUUGUAUUUCGACGCGAUCGAGUGUCUACCCAAAGACGGCGUUACAGAAGAAGAUGCUAAAGUCUCCAAUACGCGAUAUGAUGGACAAACAGUCGUGUUCGGUAAAGAAUUUCAAAAGAAGAUCGGAGCCCUCAAGUAUUUUGUCGUCGGUGCCGGCGCUAUCGGUUGCGAGUUAUUGAAGAAUUUCGCCAUGAUGGGUGUUGGUGCUAUUGAUGGCAAUGUUUUCGUAACGGAUAUGGAUUUAAUCGAGAAAUCGAAUUUAAAUAGACAGUUCCUGUUCCGUCCGCAGGAUGUUCAGCGAGCGAAAUCCGUGACUGCUGCUAAAGCCGUACGUAAAAUGAACCCUCUAGUGCGAGUUACAGCCCAUGAAAACCGAGUAGGCCCCGAAACCGAAAAAUGUUACGAUGAUUCAUUUUUCGAAAACUUGGAUGGUGUAGCAAACGCAUUAGAUAACGUAGACGCGCGUAUUUACAUCGAUCGAAGAUGCGUUUACUACGCGAAACCUUUAUUGGAAUCCGGUACAUUGGGCACUAAAGGUAAUACUCAAGUUGUUGUGCCCUUCCUGACCGAAUCAUACAGCUCGUCGCAGGAUCCCCCUGAAAAAAGUAUACCUAUUUGUACGUUGAAAAAUUUCCCAAACGCGAUCGAGCAUACGUUGCAGUGGGCCCGAGACAUGUUCGAAGGAGUUUUCCGACAAGCGGCCGAAGCAGCCGCACAAUUCAUCGAUGAUCCAAAUUUCGUCGAAAGAACUUCUCGUUUACCUGGUUCUCAAGGUUUUGAAGCAUUUGAAGCUGUCAGAACCGCGUUAGUUGAGGAAAGACCUCUGUCGUUCGAAGAUUGCGUCACUUGGGCUCGUAAUCAUUUCCAAGAACAAUAUCACAACCAGAUAGUGCAGUUAUUAUUCAAUUUUCCUGCUGACCAGUUAACCUCGAGUGGUCAGCCUUUCUGGUCAGGACCGAAACGUUGCCCUAAACCUAUUAAAUUCGAUCCGGAAGAUCCUUUACACUUGGAUUACGUUGUAGCCGCCGCUAAUCUCAAAGCCGAAGUUUACUCUAUACCGCAGAACCGUAAUCGUGAGCAAAUUAAAGAAAUCGUCUCGAAAGUUCAAGUGCCGGAAUUCGUACCAAAAUCCGGAGUCAAAAUCGCCAUUAACGAUUCCCAACUACAAAUGGCCAACGGAGACGGCGGUUUGGAUAGUGAGAAAGUGAGCAAAAUCUUGGAAAAGUUGCCCAGUAAGGAGAAAUUAGCCGAUCUUCGAAUUCAGCCUCUUGAAUUCGAAAAAGAUGACGAUAAUAACUUGCAUAUUGAUUUCAUCGUUGCUACAUCCAACCUUAGAGCUACCAACUACGGAAUACCUAAUGCUGACAGACAUAAGAGUAAACUUAUCGCAGGUAAAAUUAUUCCUGCUAUCGCGACUACAACUUCCGUAGUUGCUGGAUUCGUAUGUUUAGAAUUGAUUAAAUUGACGCAAGGAUACAGAGAAUUGGAAUUAUUCAAGAACGGUUUCAUCAAUUUGGCGUUGCCAUUUUUCGGAUUUUCUGAACCUAUCAAAGCUCCUGCUCAAAAAUAUUACGAUAACGAAUGGACACUAUGGGAUCGUUUCGAAGUGAACGGCGAACUUACUCUAAGAGAAUUUCUCGAUUAUUUCGAAAAGAAACAAAAUUUGAAAAUCACUAUGCUGUCGCAAGGAGUUUCGAUGCUCUACUCAUUUUUCAUGCCAAAAGCCAAGCUGCAAGAACGUCUAGACCUACCAUUAUCGGAAGUAGUUCGUAAAGUAUCUAAAAAGAAAAUCGAACCUCAUGUGAGAGCAUUGGUGUUUGAAAUUUGCUGCAAUGAUAACGAAGAUAACGACAUCGAAGUACCAUACGUGAAAUAUAAUUUACCGAAUUAAGCUAUUCAUCAUCGUUGCCGUAUUCUUGUUAACUUUACGCUGGUAUAUACUCCGCCUUUAUUAUUUUUUAUUGAUUAACGUAUAAAAGUGAUAAAAACCGCUUGUUUUUCCUAGGCAUAUAUGUUUUUCACGAUACAGUUUCCAGAUUCAUAAAUUCGUCGGUUUACAGGAAGAACUUUUUUUCCUGAUCUGUAAUGAUACGAUCAUAAUAUUAUUCGAGUUAGAUUAAUUUAUCGAAAUGUGUUUUAUUUGAAAAUUGCGCCUUUUAAAUAUUCGUUUUUCCCCUUCGGAGAAAUCGUGAAUAUUCUCGGUUUAUUUUUGGUUGAUCUUCAUUGUAUUUGGUUCAUGUUUGCGGGCAUAUGUACCUAUACAUUUUUUUAAAAAUCUUACUUCGCUACGCCCGUAUUUUUAUUAAUUUUUUUUUUCAAUUUGCCGAAUACUUUAUUGUUUCUUACGUUUAAUCUAUAAAUAUCAUUUUUCUUAUGUAUAAUUAAAUUUAUAGCAGAUUAAUUACGCCUAUUAGUUGACACCUGAAUGCACUAGUGUUCAACUGAUGUGCAAAAUGAUUGUGAUUUGUUUGAAACAAUGUAGGAUAUAAUUCAUUCGUAUGUUAAUUUUGAAAAACUUCACUUUAUUCUUGCAAUUAUUCGAACGCGUUUUAUUAUUUUUUUUUCAUUUUGAAAUGUGCUAGAGUAUCUAUACUCUGAGGACAACGUCGAAAAAGUUGAUAAAAUUUCUUAUUUGAUUUCAUCGUAUUGUAUCAAUUAUCUGCGUUAAAAAAUAACCAAAUCGGUAUAGUGUGUUAGUGUGAAAGUUGCCUAGAACAUAUUAUUUAGAUGAUACACAUUUAUUCGAUAUUUAAAAUGUUUUAUUUAAUAUAUAUAUAUUACGCUAAUAUUUUUAAAUUAACGAUUGUGCGUGUGUGUGUCUUUGUAAUAAUGAAUCAAUAAAUGUAAUUGAAUGGGA